GGACGAUAGCAGUGACGAAGUCAACCUUUGGAAUUUGGUGUCGGAGCGAAAAAAUUUUCUCGAGCCACCAAUCCGCCGCUCAUUUAUAUGGGGCGGGGUGUAAGUCGCCAUGGAAGUCGACACCGGGUCGCCAGUGUGUGUCAUUUCUCGGGAGCUGUACAUGAGGCAUCGGAACCAUUGGCCUACCCUAAAGCCGUCACGCGUCAAGUUGUCUUGCUACGCAGGGCCGUUACCGGUGUUGGGCGACCUGACACUACGUGUGGGCUUCAAAGACGUGCUCGUGGACUGUUCCCUCACAGUGCUCGACUGCGAAGGCCCAAGCUUAUGCGGAAGGGACCUGCUGACACUACUAGACAAAGCUGGCGCUCCGGUGCUACAUGUGACUCCGGUCUGCGGAGCCACAAAGACAAGCGAAAUGGACCCUUGCAAGGUUAAGGCCAUUUUCACGGACUACCAAGACAUUUUCACUACAGAGCUCGGCCUAAUGAAGGGUCCUCCCGCAAGCCUGCACCUCAAAGAUGGAGCAAUACCGAAGUUUUGUCGUGAAUUUACGUUGGUCACGGAUCAUCAACCACUCGUGGGCCUGCUGAGACCUGACCGCCAGACACCGACCAUGGUGGCUGCGCGAAUUCAACGCUGGGCGCUGUACCUCGGAGGCUACAAAUACAAACUUCAGUACGUUCCCGGGAAACAACUGCUCAACUCGGAUGCUCUCAGCAGACUACCACAGCAGGCGACCGGAGAUGGAGGGGAAGGUGAGCCCCCGGAAUAUGUCCUCGCACUAGAAAGCCUAGAUGAAGGUGUGGUCUCAACGCGUGAACUAAAGGACUUAACAGCCGUAGACUCGACAUUGCGUAAGGUGCAACAUUACGUGUUGCGUGGUUGGCCACCAAGCAAGACAAACGUACAGCCAGAUUUGGCACCUUAUUAUGAACGUAGGCUAGAAUUGUCCUUGGCCCACGACCUCGUAUACUGGGAUAAUCGCGUCGUCAUACCAAGUGAUGCCCGAGAGCGUUUCCUGCAACUGCUUCACGAAACCCACCAAGGAUCAUCAGCUAUGAAAGCUGUGGCACGCUCACUAUUUUGGUGGCCAGGGCUUGACCGCGACAUAGAGCAGCGUCCAAAUGAUGAGAGCGACGACUGCACACUGCCGCCAGACAGCAUUGUGUACGUCCGCAAUUACGGACAGGGGGAGAAGUGGAUCCCUGGUCGGGUCAAAUCGGCGACAGGAGCACGGAUGGUAACCGUAGAGACUCCCAAUGCCAUCGUCAAACGGCACGUCGACCAAGUACGCCGCCGCUCGGAUUCAUCACCAAGGUGGACCUUGGUGAAGGUGUUCUCCUCGAUGAUGGUGCUGGGUAUGUUUGGAAGUCCCCUGGGUGCCAGAGACCGGAGCCCCGAUCCUCAGCGAUUGGAAUCUGGAGAGGUGACUCCAGUGCACCAGCGCGCCAGCCGCCGACUUCGGGGAGACCCGCCUGAAUUCGGACCGCUUCCCACUGCUACGGCCACACGGACGAUGUCUUCCACUGACGCCACGACGAUGACUAGCCAGGCGACAUCACCCGAGGUCGUCGUGUACCCGCCGCGCAUGCCCGAGAUGUUCCACGGCGACCCGUACGAAGACGUCGAGGAUUGGUUGGAGCACUUCGAGAGGGUCGCAGAUGUCAACGGCUGGAACCCGGCACUGGAAACGUCGCCACGUGUACUUCGCGUUGGGGGAUUCAGCAAAGACAUGAAUUCUAGCGUUUCCUUCUCUACGAAGCUGGCCAUUGACAUGGAGGAGCCUAAGGAACCGGACUACACUGCCUUGCGAGUUCUUGACGCAGACGUAACUGUGCCACCACGAAGCAGUGUACUGGUUCGCGUCAGAAAUCAAGCAUACUGUUGA